AUGGCGAAUCCCCCGGGAUCUACAGGAGCUCACAGGUCAAGAAAAGGCAAAGAACGGGCCUCCUCCUCCGCCGCCCUCGCCGCCCCCACCAUCGCCGACUCCGAAGACGCCGCCUCCAUCUCCCAGCCCCGCCUCCUCCAAGUCACCUCCCAGUCCUCAUACUCCUCGCACCCCUCGCAGCUCUCCUCCCACGGCUCCACAACCCUCGUCGGCGAAGAGCCCGAAACCCUCGCAGCCACAGCCUACAGCGAGCAGCCACCACCACCCAAACCCAAAACUCAAGCAGAAAAAGAACAAGAACGCGCAGAGAAAGAACAGGCAGCCAAAGAGACUGCCUACAGAGCCUACAAAGCCUCCGAAUCAACCCUCAUCCAGCACGAACAAGAAGCCGCCCAUGCCGCCGCCCUCCGCCGCGCCGAGCACGAAGCCGCCGUGGCCGCCCGCCGCGAAAAACAACUCGCCGCCGCCGUCGCAGCCACCAUUGCCUCCGUGAAGCGCGAGCAGGAGGCGGCCGAGGCGGCCGAAGCCGCGGCAGCCGCAGAGGCAGCGGUGCCUGUUAUCGAGGAUGAGAAGUUUGAUCUGCGCGACUAUGCCAAGCACCCGCUGACGGUUGGUGAGAAGGCGGGGCGGCAGCCGACGCUAGCGCCGCGCAUGAAGGUUGCGGAGAGCCGGGCGGCGGCGAAGUGGCGCAUGAGGAAGAUGUUCCUGAUUGUGGUGCCGAUUGCGGUGGUGUGUGUUCUUGUUGCGACGAUUGCGCCGGCGGUGUAUUUCACGCUGCGGAAGAACCGGGAUAACACGCCUACCGUCACGGCGUUUGUGGAGAAGCCGACAUCGGUGGCGCCGCCAGUUAGUACGACGGUGCCGGAGGUGCCGGUGAGUACGGAUGAUUCGGGGUUUGAGCUGCAGACGGGGUCGUGGCUGGUGUUUGCGAGGAAGAUUGUGGGAGCGCCGGGGGUGGUCAAUAAGCAUCCGCAGUGCACGGAUUAUAAUAAUUUUGAUCUGAUGGUGCGGUAUGAGAGGGAGCGGAAGAAGUAUAGUGCGAAGCUGGGGAGCUUUGCGCUGGACUUUAAGGAUCUGAACUGCCCGGCGGGGGGAAAGGGCGUGGCCAGUGUGGUGUGGGUGCAGCAUGUCAAGGGAUGUGAGCCGGCGGAGUAUGUCACUCUGGAGAUGGACACGAGGGAUUCGACUCUGGUGCUAGAUCAUGAGUGGAAGCAGCCGGACCAUUGCGGGGGAGUCGUAGCGCAGAAUGUUGGCGCGGAGACUUUCAAGUGCAAUUGGAAGUCGAGGUAUGAUGCUGGGGCGCCCGAUAACAUAUACGUUAAAGGGUCUUGA